ACUUUACGUGUCAAAGGGCUCGCGAGCAGUGUUGCUAGUAUAGCGAGCGUCGCUGCGCACCCUAAACCAGGAAGUCAACAAAGUUGGAUUUUAACACCAGCGUGACUUUAACGCCCACAAACGGUGAACUGACGAGAUGAGUUCUGCUGCCCCUCCGACGAUUGGGGAGUUAUUCCUCAUCCUCAGUGAGAUGGGCUUCACAGAGGAACAGAUCCAGGCAGCUGUACAGGCAGGGCAUUUUUCUGUGUCGGAUGCAGCCGAGUGGCUCUUGCAGGGUCAGUAUCCACGGCACAAGUUGGUCAAGCAGUCAUCACAGCCGGCUGAGACAGCAAUUUCUGCUUUCAACCUACCCAAAGAGGCUGCAAGCACUUCAGAGCAUACAUCACCCUCUGACAGCAGAGCAUCCCCUUCAUUGAUGCUGAGACCAUCACAGUCGGGCAACCUGUCCCCAGACCCACUACCAGUCGAGUCCCGCAUCAAACAGGACAAGAGUGACUUUGAAGAGCAGCAGAGACAUCGCGUUGCACAGGAGGCCAGAACAGAGAGAAGACAAAAGAAACAGGAGCGUGAGUCCGUGUUGAAGCGGAUCGCUGAGGAUCGGAGGAGUUUGCAGCAGAAGAGCCAGACGAGCGCUGCCACAGAGACGUCUCCUCCCAGUGGUCAAGGGCAGAUGCUUGAAGAAAAGAUUGCGACUAAUGUGGAUAACAACUGCAUCCUAAUGAUUCGGCUUCCAUCCGGCGAGUCCAUGCGUGAACGCUUCCCAGCCGAUGCUCCUCUCCGCAGCGUCGUGGAGCACAUCGCCAGGCGUCACCCCUCCCUACCCGCCUUUUCUCUCCUCCAGGGUUUCCCACGGAAACGCUUUGGAGAGGCAGAGCUUGCUUGUUCGCUGCAGUCUCUCGGCCUCACUCCCAACGCUGCUCUGUGCAUUCAGACCACUCCUCCUGGGGCCCCUCAGGAUCCACCGAGUCCUGCCGAUCCGCCAUCGGUGGAACACAAUGAGCCCUCUCCUUGUGAUGUGUGUCCUCAGCCACAGAUCCCGGUCCUGGAGGGGGCGGGAGGACCGGACCUUGUUCUCCCUCCUCCGCUACCCAACCAGCUGUGGGAAGAGGCAGUGAAUUAUGCAGGGCUUCCUGGAGUUGGUCCUUCUCUGACUGGGCCGUCUCACUUCUGGGGCCGAGGCAACAAGAUGGUUACUGGGAAUGCUGAGGAGGCAGUGGGCAUAGAAAUUGAUGAGGAGCAAGGAGAAGAGGAAGAGCCACCUUACAUGCUUAACGGAAUGCCGAGGCUGCCUUUCUUUCCAGAUAAUAGGAUUCGUGUAGAAUUUGGUCCCCGGCACCACUGGCCAGAGCAAGGCAAUCGACUAAGGGAGGCUGCACAGGAGGACCCAGCAGAGCCAGAGGACGCUGGAGCUCGGGAGGCUCCCGGAGCUGCAGGUCUGGCUGCAGUGGAGCGUCUUCAAGCUGCACAGCAAGAAGACCCCCGUGCCUCCCAGGGGCAACCAUCACCCCCUAAAAAACCCUACAGGGCAACCAGCGUGCCGUCCCUUUGUGCCUUGGCAACCCGCGCAACUGUUCACCUCAUGACUGCUCCCAGCAUGCAGUACAGCAGCAGUCUGGCAUGCCUCACCCCGGAGCUAGCGGAGCUCCUGCUCAACCACAUGUCCCGUGAGAGGCUCCUGCGUCCGCGCACCCUGGAGCUCUUCUUCGGCUGCCCAUUGCAGAAGUUUGUCCUAAACUGCUACCCUUACUCCACCAAUGAGCUCCUGCGGCAGUUACGGGCCUUCACAGCCCUGAAGCACCUGAGUCUGGUCAACUCACCUCUCAUCACUGACUCCGGGCUGUCAAUCGUUUCCAGUCUGGUCAAACUCCAGCACCUCAACCUGGCCUCCUGUAGCAAACUGACCGAUUCCUGUCUGCAGCACAUCAAAGGUUUAAAGAGCCUGUGUUUCCUGUCCCUGGACCACACCAAAGUGACGGACACUGGGAUGGUAUUAUAUCUCCAGUCAGCUCCGUCCUGUCUCUCUCAGCUCAGCCUGAACCAAACGGCUGUGUCUGAAGCCACACUGGUAGUCCUGCCCGCCUGUGUGCCACAACUGAGGCUCCUCAGCAUCAAGCAGACGAAGGUCAGUGACGUAUCAGCAUUGGCAGGGCUGUCCAGCCUGCAGACUCUCAACCUGGAUGGGACAGGCGUGACCGAAGGCUCUCUGGAGCACCUCGCCACACACCCGGCCCUGAUGUCCCUCAGUUUGGCUGGAAUCCCCGUAGCGGAUGGCGAUCAUGCCCUGCAGAUAAUCUCAGGUUUAAAGUUGACUCAGCUGACCCUCCCUGGACGCCACUCGGUGACAGACAGCGGGUUGUCAUUCCUCUCUAGACUGUCCGUGCUCUUAGAGCUGGACCUGACUGACUACACACAAGUCACGGACCAGGGAGUCAGCCAGCUCUCCACCAUGAACAGGUUGAAGAAGCUGUCACUUAGCAACACACAGGUGACAGACGCAGGGCUUCCCUCGCUGCGUGGCCUGCAGGAGCUGCAGGAGCUCUGUUUGGACCGAACGGCGGUCAGCAGCCGAGGAGUGGCCGAACUCAUCACCUGUCUGCCGCACCUCCAGGUAUUGGGGUUAGCCAGCACUCAGGUGGGAGACACAGUCGUGAGGAGAGGCCUGAUCCGCUGCAAUCAACUUGUGAAGCUUAAUCUCAGCCGCACACGGAUCACCGACCACGGUCUAAAGUUCUUAAAAAACAUGCAUCUGGCUCAGGUGAACCUGGACGGCACCGGAGUGAGUCUGAUGGGUAUCGCGAGCCUGCUCUCUUUCACCAACAUCAGCAGCAUCCGGGCCAGCAACACUCGCAGCGUUCCCACCGAUGAGGUGUCGGAUGAGGAGUGGGAAGCCCAGUGAGCAUCGACGCCUUCGGCUGGUCCAUGCGUACCGGACCACGUCUGCUGCGGACCCCCUUUUAUUCCCGGAAACAUGCGGCCAUCUGGAUAACUGAAACACUCACCAUUUGUUUCAACCACAGCUAGUGCCACUAACACGCGCUACCGAGUCGAAACCUUAAACGAGAGCCUGGUGUUCAUAAACUCGGCCAUUAAUAACAUUUGCAUAUAGAGAAUCAAUCUGCAUUUACUUGCAUACACUGCAGCCCUUUUUGUUUAUUGUUUUCUUUUGUUUCUGAAAAGUUUUUUAAAAACUAACAUUUAAUCUUUAGCUGUAUUCACGUGAUGUCAGAUUUAUUAGAAUACAUUUCAAAAUGGGAUGUUGAAUAGAAUUAGGUCUCAUUUUAUUUUUUUGGGUGCGUGAAUUGUACAGUACAUGCAGAAAACACUGCACACCAAUUGUGAAAGCUGAUUUAAAAAGUAGUAUUGUAGAGUGUUAUUGCCACUAUGAGGAAAAUAUUUGCUCAGUUUCUCAUUUUAAUGUUUUAUUUCAUCAUGACAGUGAAAACUUUAACCACCCUGCUCGAUGCGUAGGUCAAUGUUACAUACACUUGAUCAAAGUAGGCAUUGGUUCUGGUUAUUACAAAUGUUUCAUAAGGUGGUACGUUAAACCAUGUUUAAAGAGAAGUUGAUCGGCGAUAUGUUUUAAGAGGGUUUCUUGUUGAAACUGAAGUAUGUGGCAAUGUAAAACGAGAACAUGAAACGGUUAAUUAAAAUGUCAUGAGAAACUGGACAUUCGUCCUGGUAGCAUCA